AUGCACGUCGCAGGUCACGUCUGCUCUCGGACUUGCUGGCUAGGAUUGUACUCGGGCUUCCCUGAAGUUGCUGGGCUAGACAAGACCAGUGGGUGGAGUACCCGGUGUGGCUGUGUAUACUCCAUCUGCGUCAAGCUCCUGGCUGCCAACAGAAGUACUGUAAUCGCUGAAUUCAAGGCCAACCCCGAUCGCUUAGAAAAGUCGAAUGACGCGCAGUAUCACCAGGUGUCCUACCGGUUCAGGCAGUACGGGCGCGGAGUCCGGUAUGUGCAUUUCCUCCACAGAGGGAAGGACAUUCUUUACUGGGCAGGAUACUAUGGCGCACGGAUCACCAACUCCACAGUCAUGGUGAAGCUCAACUGAGAGCCAGAUGCGGGUCUCCACGAAUCUCUCACGCGAGCCGGAAUGAUGAUCUCCAUUUGCCUCUGUGAGCUCCUCUCAGGGGGAGGGAUAGCUCAGUGGUUUGAGCAUUGCCCUGCUAAACCCAGGGUUGUCAGUUC